AUGGCAUCUGGACCCAACAUGAUGGAUCCCAUCUGUCUGGUAGAAAACAAAAAUGCACAGUUUUCAGUGAAUCAGAAAGCUCUACAGAUUCUUGAGAACAUUUCUCAGCCAGUGGUGGUGGUGGCCAUUGUAGGACUGUAUCGUACCGGCAAAUCCUACUUGAUGAACCGUCUUGCAGGACAGAACCAUGUUGAGUGUUGUACUACAUCAAGAGCCAGUUACUUGAAUCCAGGUUUCCCUCUGGGUUCCACAGUGCAGUCUAAAACCAAGGGCAUCUGGAUGUGGUGUGUGCCUCACCCUUCCAAAUCAGACCAUAUCCUGGUCCUUCUGGACACUGAGGGCCUGGGGGAUGUGGAAAAGGGUGACUCUAAGAACGACUUAUGGAUCUUUGCCCUGGCUGUGCUUUUGAGCAGCACUUUCAUCUACAACAGCAUGAACACCAUCAACAAUGAUGACUUGGAAAAAUUGCAGUAUCCUGGUUUUACUGAAAAAUUGAUGAGAAUGGAGACCAAACCAGAUUUCCCUUCCCUGCACUUUAUCUGGACUGUACGGGAUUUCACCCUGGAGCUUAAAUUAAAUGAUGACCCUAUCACAGAAGAUGAGUACCUAGAGAACGCCUUGAAGCUGAUUAAAGGUUCACAUCCCAAUGUUAAAAAGGCCAACCUACCCAGGGAGUGUAUCAGGCAUUUUUUCCCAAAACGGAAGUGUUUUGUCUUUGACCGGCCAGUAAAUGAUAGGGAACUCCUAGCCCAUCUUGAUGAAGUUUUAGAAAGUCAACUGUAUCCUAAAUUCAAGGAACAAUCGAAUACUUUCUGUUCAUAUAUCUUUACCCAUGCAAGAACCAAGAUCCUCAGGGAAGGGGUGAAGGUCACUGGGAAGCGUCUGGGGACUCUGGUUGUGACCUAUGUAGAUGCCAUCAACAGUGGAUCAGUUCCUUGUUUGGAGAACGCAGUGACAACUCUGGCCCACCUGAAGAAUUCAGCAGCCGUGCAGAAGGCAGCUGACCACUACAGUGAGCAGAUGAUCCAGCGACUGAACCUCCCCACAGACACGCUCCAGGAGCUGCUGGAGGUGCAUGCAGCCUGUGGGAGGGAAGCCAUUGUAGUGUUCAUGAAUCAGUCUUUCAAGGAUGAAAACCAGGACUUCCAGAAGAAGCUCCUGGAAAUCAUAAAGAAUAAGAAGGAAGGUUUUUUGCAACAGAAUGAAGAGGCAUCUGCUAAAUACUGCCAGACUAAACUUGAUCAAAUUUUGAAGACUCUAAAGGAAAGUAUUUCAGCAGAGAGUUUCUCUGUUCCUGGAGGGCACAAACUCUACAGGAAAGCAAUGGAAAGGUUACAGUGUGACCAUAUCCAUGUGCCCAGUAAAGGAGUGAAGACAAAUGAGGUCCUCCAGAACUUCCUGCAGUCUCAGGUGGCAAUCGAGAUAUCCAUCCUGCAGUCAGAUAAAGCCCUCACUGAUGCAGCAAAGGCCAUAGCAGAUCUUUCCAAAAUAAUGAGCUUCCACUUCUUCUGUGGAAUACACACUGCUAAAUCUGAAAAUAACAGAGUUGUGGUUGGAUAUCAGCCAGAUGGUCAAGGCCUUUCCCAUCGUAUUCUCAAAUCUGCUCCUGAUGUGUGGCACCAGGCUCAAAAUGAUCUGCUUACUGAAGAAUUUAGUAGAAAAGCUGAGGAAAUGAAAGCAGAGAUAAAACACCUAAGAAACAUAAUUGAGAAGAGUAAAAAGGAUAAAGCUUCUUGGAUUUCAAAGACUCUGGAUGGACUUGCCACUGAAGCAACUGCAAUUCUGUCUCUUCCCGCUAAAGUAAUUGGUUGGGGUCUGAAGGGCUUGAGCUCACUUUUUAUUCUGAAGGCUUUUAAGCAUAAAAAGUGCCUACUAGAUGAAAUUACUGCCUGA